AUGUCUGUCUAUAGUCCUAAGUUAAAAAGUCAUUUUGCGCUGAAAAUAAAAUUGAAGUCUUUGCAUCUUUCAUGUGACGACUUUAGUAACAUAUUAAGGCUCAAAGUAAUAAUAUUUUAUGAUAGUGAAGAUGAGGAAAGAGUGUCUAAUACGCCAGAAAGAAUUCACAUAAUAGAAGUGCUGAAGAAUGAUUACAACUUUAUGUUUAGAGCAAGUAUAAAUAAAUCUUUCUAUCUACCAAUUGUAUGUAUAAGGGGAGAGUGUCCCCAAUUUAUUAAUAUUAUUUGUAACAUAGAAAAAAAAAAAGAUGUAGGUUUAAAAUUAUAUUUAAAUCAGAAUUAUAGCUUUUUAAAAUAUUAUAGCUCCUGUAAAACGUACAAAUUAUAUGAGUGCGAAAGCAAAAGUGUACAAGGUUAUCUUGAAUUAGCAUUAGAUAUAAUUAAGUGUAAACAACCAUUUUCUUAUUUUGGAAAUAAUGGAGCCAGAAUGAACCAAGAAGACUACUACUUUUUAGCAACUGAAAUAUCUCUUAGCAAAUUAAAGAAAGAGGCAGUGAUGUACAAAGCCGAUAAGGAUGUUGAUACUCAUGUUGAAUCUUUUAUAUUAACUCGGAAAAGUAGUGUAAAUGGAGUAAAUGAUCUAAAUGAAGCUGCAUCAUUAAACAGAAACUUCCUUAAUUUGUUAUAUUCCUCUUCUAAAAAUGCGUAUGAUAAGGCCCCAAUCCCUCUAAUAUCUACGUCAGAUUUGAUGGAUUUUCUUCAUUUGGAAUUACUUCCGAAAUAUAAGAAAAGAGCCCCUAGUUGGUUAAGAGUUGUUAAUGAUGCUUACGACAUGUACCUGUGUAAGCAUUUUCAACUUUACAAUAUGGAAAAGGUUAAUAACAUGUAUGAGGAAAUAAGAGCAUGUUCUAUGUUUUUUUACUUGGAGAGCACAUUUGUUAAAAUUGCUGCAAAUUUUGCCAAGAGUGUCAUAAUUCAGGAAUACACGAAGUACACAUCUCCAAGAUAUGUUGAUGAUUUAUUUUCGGGAAAAUCGGAAUACAAAGUGUUGUUUAAUAGCACUUUUAAAUAUGAAAAGAUAGUAGGAAAGAGUCCACUAGACAUCUUCAAACUUUUUAAGAAUGAUGAGAUAUAUAUAACAAACGACACCGAUAUAGUGAAAGGAGGACUAAUGGGUAUUUUAAUUUUUGGAGAUGAAAAAACAGGAGCUGACGGUGCUUACAAAAAAUACAACAAUGAGCUAAAAGCGCAACAGUGGAUAAACAAGGGAAUAGCGGAAAUUAAGCUUCAAAAUUUAAAAGAAAUGAAAAAAGAACUAAUGAAAAAAUUAAGCCGAAAUUCAGAUGAUCGAAAAAUAUCACUGUCUUUACUAUCCUUUAAUUUAAGCACUCUUGUGUCGUAUAAAGGGUUUAAAAUGUAUAUCAUACCAUACCCCACUCAGCCGCUGAAUAUACUAACAUUGGAUAAAACGAAUGGAAAUCUUAAGCAUGAGAUGAUGUUACUAGAAAGGUCUAUUCCCACAUACAAAUUGUUUACACAAGAGAAGAGCAAAAACGUAUUUUUGGCAAAAUCUUAUUUAGAACAUAAUUAUGUAUUCUACAAUAUUAAUUCAAUGCUGACUAUAUCGAGUAAAGACCACUCCCACUUUUUUGAUGAAUCUAAAUGGGUAUCUGAUGAUGAGGACAUGCAGAAAAAGAGGGGUAGUGAGCAUUACUCUGUCAAGUCGUUUUAUUCAAAUUAUAUAAACGUUAGGAAUAACAUUAAUUUUUAUUUUGAAAAGGACGGAAAUUGUCAGAAUGAUGAAGAAAAGGAGCUGUUCAAACACCUAGACAUACACCUGCAUACAGUUGUCAGUGAUAUGGAAAAGAUAUCGUUUAUGGUUCCAUACGAUAGCGUUUCGUUGAAAAUGUACUUACAUAGUAGGGGAAUUAAAAUGAAAUAUUUAGGCCGAAUGUUGAAGUUUGUAACGUUUAGAUGGUUAUAUAAUAUAAUUUAUAGUGAGAUACUAAUUCGCUGUAUUAAAAAUUACACACUUUAUUGUAUACGUGAAAUAUGUAUAUUUUACAAAAAAAGAGUGAAUGAGGGAGCACUCAAUUGGGGUAAGAAGUAUGGACAUAGUAAAAAUAUUAAUGUAGACGAUAAUGGAAAUUCUUUUAAUUACAUGAGAGAGGAAAUAAGACAGAAUGAUGAAGUUCUUGUUAAUAAGAGUGGAAAGGGGGUGAAGUGGUCAGAAGGGGUGGAUCAAUCCUAUGGUGUACUGGAAAACGCGUCGACAGGGUUUGAAGACCAAUCCGAGGAGCUGAAUUCCACACUAUCCUGUUUUACUGAAAGAACUAAAUACAUGAACAGUUCAGAAAAGUACGCGUCGAAUAGUGGCUAUUCAAACUGCUCUGUUGAAAUGGAGGAGGGGUACAUGGACAAAGACAGCAUAGUCAAGGACGACGUGCUGAAUAGCAAGAAGAGUAGAAAGAAUACAUGCUCGAAAAAAAGAGCUUUGAAAUGUUUUAUAAACCUAUUGAAGAUAAUUAAUAAGAAGCUUAUAUUAGCAAAUAAUUUAGACAGUAAUAAUAUUCCCCUGUUAUCAGAACUUUUAACCUUCAACAGUUUUAAAAAAUACAGCAAAGCUGAAAUGUACAGUAUGAAGAAAAUAAAAAGUAGGAAACAUGAUUUACACCAUUCUAGAGUAAUUAAAAAAAUAUAUAAAGGAAAUAUAACGAUUAUUGAUAUGUUUGUAGUAAAUAUGUUUAACUUAAUAUUAACACACAACUACUAUAAGGAAUAUAUUACAUCAAUUGUAAGAAAAAAUUGUUCUAAAUUUUCUUAUUCUAAAAAUAUAGAUUCUAUAGAAGAGGUACAUUAUAUUUAUACAUACAAAAAUAUACAGAAGUGUCUAGGUAUUUUCUUUUUCCCAUCCUUAUUUGAAUAUAAUGAAAAAAUUAAAAAUAUAAAAACAAAGAAAUUUGACUUGUAUGAUUUAAAAUUGUACGCACUUAAGAUAAAAAGAUCAUUAAAUAUCAGUUACAUGUACAUUCCUACAUAUAAGUACGUACAAGACCCAGGGAACAUACAUCUAGAUAUAAGCAAUGAGAAUAAACUCAUGUUGUCAAAUUUAAUUUUUUUUACCAUAAUGUAUCACCACAGUCUUAGCACCAGUAAUGAAAUAUAUGCUAAGCAUUUAACGGUGAACGGAGGGAACAUUAGAAGAGCUGACUGGCAAGGUAAAUAUGACAAGGGGAAGAACAAGGUUGUACUAUACAGUAGUAUUCGUAAUGUAAAUAAUAACAGGGAUGCAACACAAGAUUUGAAUAAUAAAUAUGCAAAGGUACCUCUUGGUGUAAAUGAAAAUUUAGAGAUAAAAAGGAAUGACAUAAAUAUUGGUGAGUAUCCAUUUCGGAAUGAAAUGGAAAAAAGGGGUAAUACAUACACGAUUAAGAUAAACUCUUUGUUAGGAUCAAAGGAUAGUAUUACCCUAUAUAAUAAUUCGGAUUAUUUUACUCUUUACGCUUUGUUGAAUAUAGUAGCAGUUUCUGUUAAACUUACCCUAUUUGAAUAUGCACUAAAAACGUCUACUUAUAUUUUUAGUUAUAUAUCUGAGAAUAGUGUUAUCUCUGUGCAUGUCCGUAUUAUGUGGUUGAUUAUGUAUAUGAUCAGAAGAUAUAACUUUAAGAAGUUUGUGAAAAGUAAAUUAAAUAAAAAAUGCCUGAACAGUGCAGGUGGGAAUUCUAAUUGUGGAGAAGCUCACGGUUGGGAAAACUAUAAAAGCGGCAGUAAGAAAGGAUCAUCCCAGAAAAAGGGGGUUCACAAAAGUAAGAAGUUAAUUUUUAAGGACGAAAUGAAUCUUAGGAGUGAAACUUAUUGGAGUGAUUCCGAGGGGUCCUGGGAUGAAUUCUCUGAAGAAUUGUUGGAAGAAAUGUCGACGAGGCAAUCUGAAGAACAAGAAGAUGAAGAAAAUCCAAAUUCACAUUCGAGCGAUUUUUCCUACCUUUCGAAGUUUGGAAAUUAUCGUGACUAUUGCAUGCAUCCUGACCACGGCAAGGAUUUUUUUUUUUAUUACGGAAAUAUGGAUGUGUACAAAAAAACGUAUGAGGUUUGCUCAAGUAUUCUGAAUAAUUAUUUCGUCUUUUUCCACCCCAUUUAUUUGGAUUUUUACCUGUGUCUCUCGUGGUGUAACAAGAUGUCGAAAAAUUAUGACCAGUUUUUGCUGCUCCUAAGAACUGCCCUUUCUCUGCAAAUGAACAUGAGAUUAAAGAAUUAUUCUGAACAAGUCAUGCAAAAUAUAAAGAUAAACAACAGUUUUGAGGAUAUCAUUUACUGUAAUGUUAAGAAAAGUGAUUUUCAUUUUAAUCAAAAGAAUGAUGAUUAUGUAUUACAAGAUAGGGUUAGAAAUAUGUCGAAUUAUUUUGUUAAUGAUAUAUCUUAUCCUCAUGAGGAUGUAUUGUUAUGUACUAAUAUAAAAAUUAUUAAUAAAUGUAAUUCCAUUUAUAAUAUUCGCUUAGCUUGUACCUUACACUAUUUUGCAAAUUCGUUAUUUUAUUACUACAAUACUAAUAGAAUUAUUAAAAAAUAUAAGAAUCAUAAUUUUGUUUUGAAUUGUUCUCUUUAUUGUAUAAAGAUAUUAGAAAAUGUGAAGAAGUUAUUUCAGUCCUUCCGCGUACAAAGCUGUUAUACAGCUAGUGUGCAUUUAGACAUAUCUCUCAUGACUUUGAAAACAUAUUUUUCAGAAUCAUUCAGAUUGAACAAAAGGAGGAUGAUGCACUACGCUCUACUGAAUGCAAAGCAGUCGGAGGAGAUAAACCAGCUGAUCCUUGGAAAAAACCACAUCGACACGCUCUAUAGCAGCUACAUCGUGGGUUUGAUUUAUAUGUACUUAGAGAAUAAGAAGUGUAUAUACCUAUUUGAAGAAAUAUGUUAUUACUUACUGAAUUAUAAUUACAUAUAUGAAGACAAGAAUAUUGUAAAUAGCGUCUUCUGGUAUUUACCUGAUCAUAUAGGAAAAAUAAAGUGCAUUAACGGAAAAGGCUUUUUAAAUAUAAGCAAAAUAAAAAGCUAUUUAUUUUAUAUAUGGUUUAAUAUUUUUACUCCACCAAGGUAUAUGAGGAAAAUAAUGAAAAUAUUACGGCUUCUCAAUUAUGUUGGACAUAAUAGCAAGAGAAAGAACAAAGAAAGAAGAGAGACAAAAGAAAAAAAAAAAAGAAAAAAAAAGAAAGAUAAGGAAAUAAAAGAAAAAAGACAGAAUGCCUUUGUCAAAAAUUCAAAAUAUUUGAAUGAUGAAAAUUUUUACUCCUCUGAGCAAAUAAUUUUUUACAUAAAAGAAUACAAACACGUUUUAAGUAAAAAAGAUUUAUUCAUCCAAAUUUCCAAUUUUAAUCAUUUGUUGAAAAAUAAUAAGUAUGUUAUGAUAAAAAGUGCAUUGAGGGAAAAGGAAUUCAGGGAAAACCAAUUCUAUGAACCAAAUACUAUGAACAUAAAGGUGUUCUAUCCUAAUGAUUGUAGUUAUGAUGGGAGUAGUAGGACGAACAGACUUGUUGAGUACUCUAUUGACAACGCUGUGAACUGCGCAGUGAGUGAUGGUAUAGGGGGAAUUGUAGGUAGAGAUGGUAUGUUUGGAAGCGGCAGUGAUGACGAUAUGUACUCUGAUAGCAAAAGUGUUACUGCAUACUUUUUAAAAAAAUUAAUUGAAGUAGUAGAAAGCAAGGUAGAAAUGUUAUAUAAAGAGGAAAAUUAUAUGAGUGAUAGCAAAUUGAAUUAUUCCAGAAUAGAGAAGAAAAAUCAUAUGUAUAUAGCGAUGAUGAAAUUACUAAGGGGAAAAUUAUAUAAGACCAAAUAUAUCAAUGGAUUAGUUUGUAAACUACAUGUGGGUAAUUCUACUAUUUAUGAGAGCAGUGGCACUAGUACGGAUUCUGUUACUGCAUCUGAACUGAAGUCUGAUGAAACGGGUUCUACUAAAUUCAGUGUAUGUUUUAACAACACAAUGAGUAAUGAUACAUAUAAGAAAAGCAUUAAUAAAAAGGAGAAAUAUAAUAAAAAUGCAAAUAAACAUUUUAUAGAAAAUAAUAAUAAAAGGGUUAGGGACAAGCAUAAAUUUAUUCUAAAUAAUAAUGAAAUACACAUUUUUAUGAGCCUACUUUACUACUUUCUGAAUUAUAAAACGUUUGAAGCAUUUUACUCCGAAAAGAAGAGGCAGUAA